AUGGCAGCCAACCCCGAAACUGCUCAACCCCCUCCACAACCUCAACCAUCACCACGCCCACCACCGCCAACCUUCAACCUCACCUAUCCCCCCUCCCUAGAACCCUACAACGUCCCCGCAACAACCUGGCUCACAACCAACUCCAAAUCCUGGGACGGCCUCGCAACAGGCGCCCUAGUCUUCUCCUCCUCGACCAACAAAAUCCUCCUCCUCCAGCGCGCCGCCCACGACAGCAUGCCCCUACGCUGGGAAACGCCCGGCGGCGCAGCGGACCCAGAGGACGCGAGUCUCUUCGCCGCCUGCGCGCGCGAGCUGUGGGAGGAGGCUGGGCUCGAGGCCGUGGAGAUUGUUAGGGUAGUGAGUGAGGGGGAAGGGAGCGAGCCUGGGAGCGUGUUUACGAAUCGGAAUGGGACGAGGAUGUUUUGUCGGUUUGCGUUUGAGGUUAGGGUGAGGGAGGACGGAGAACGAGGGGUGGAGGAGAGGGUUAGGAUCGAUCCUGAGGAGCAUUGUGAUUAUGUGUGGGCUUCUGAGGAGGAGGUUAGGAGGGAGAGGGUUGGGGAGAGGGAGAUUCCUAUUACGAAUGGGCAGAUGGCGAGGUUGAUUCUUGAUGGGUUUCGGAGGAGGAGGGAGGAGGGGGUUUAG